GGAUAAAGAAUCCUAUCCGUCGAUCUUCAAAUCGUUCCAACCGUCGCAGGCUAUAAAUAUACCAUAACUACAUAUCUAUUCAAACUUUGUUCAUCUUGAGAAAAGUAAAGAGUCGCUCACCAAGGUUGAAGAGAGAAGAAACAACUGAAGAUAUGGCUCGUACCAAGCAAACUGCUCGCAAGUCCACCGGAGGAAAGGCUCCUAGGAAGCAGCUGGCUACCAAGGCUGCACGUAAGUCGGCCCCAACAACUGGCGGGGUCAAGAAGCCUCACAGAUACCGUCCCGGUACCGUUGCCCUCAGGGAAAUCCGCAAGUACCAGAAGAGUACUGAACUUCUUAUUAGGAAGUUGCCAUUCCAGCGUCUGGUUCGUGAGAUUGCUCAGGACUUCAAGACGGAUUUGCGUUUCCAGAGUCAUGCCGUUCUUGCGUUGCAGGAGGCUGCUGAGGCUUACCUCGUGGGACUAUUCGAGGACACCAACCUCUGCGCUAUCCAUGCGAAGCGUGUCACCAUCAUGCCCAAGGAUAUCCAGCUUGCUAGGCGUAUCAGGGGUGAGCGUGCCUAAGUGCGGCGUGCUUAAACUGAAUCAAAGUGUGGGCUGCAUGGUGCUUAAUUAAGCGAUUGUGCAAUGCUUAUGGAAUUUGUUUUUGUUUUUUGAUUUUAUGUCAAGUCAUUAGAUAGAUAGGCGUAGAAGGUUUCAGUGAAUAUGGUAAUUGGCAAAGACAUUAUAUUGCCUGGAUAUGGUGGUGUGCAGUCAAGGUUGUUUUUGUUUUAUAGAAUGAAGGAUUUUUUCAAUUCUAUAUUUCUGGUGAUUCUGUAUUGUUAGGAACUUGCAGCCACACUAAUUGUGUUAAAAACAACUUAUAAUGCAUCUAAUGUUAGCUUAGUUGCUGUUUUAAUUUGUUAAA